UCAUUUUGUACCCGGUAUUGAAAUACAGUUAAAAGGUUUAACGAGUAAACGAUAUGCUCCGUUUCACAAUAUGUUUUAUUCCAGCACAUGGUGUUUAAAUACACACAAAUUUAAAAAUAUUUGUGGAAUCAAUCAAUACAUUAUCCAUGCAGUAGUAAAUACAACUAGCGAUUCCAUUUAUACAGGAGAUACGUCGAUAUAUAUACCAGCUAUAAAGUUUGAACAAUGGUUGCAGAAUGAUAAUAUUGAGAAUAGAAAUGAAUUUACUUCUUCAUGUUCAAGUUGAUUGCAGACCUGUUGUAAGAAACAUGGGUAUAUUUAAGGAUUGGCAUCGUCAACUAACCAUAUGUACAGAAUGAUUUAUAUUUACAUUUGAAGCUACAAAACUAAAGGAGAGACUAUGAAUGGUACGAACAGACUUUGCAUGACGCUCAAAGGGGCAAGUUGGUCAAAGUAUAUUUUGAUGUUGAUAUUGAUGCUUGGACUUUGUCAAUUCAUUUUAAAAAACUACAACGAGGAAAGCGUUAUUUACUGCGAAUCAACAAAUAUCACAGUUAAUGAUUAUUCUGAUGAACCUAACAAGGAAAAAGCAAUACCAAGGACAUCUAAGAACUAUGUUAAAGUUGAAUUUAUCGGGCGACUCGGAAACUUACUCUUUCAAUAUGCAUCACUUUAUGGUAUCGCCAAACAUCAUAACAUGAUACCAAUUGUCGAUGAAGGAUGUCAUUUAAAGAAACAUUUCAAAAUAUCUGCUAUUUCAGUUAACCCGUUAGUGAAUUCAAAACGUUAUGUGGAGGAUAAAGGUAACGUGUUUGAGGUAAAUGCUUUUAAGCUUGAUACAAAAUACAACUGGACAAUCAAAGGCUACUUUCAGAGUUGGAAAUACUUUGUUGAAAAUAGUAUGGAAGUUAGAAAAGAAUUCCAGUUUAAAGAAAAUGUGCAGAUAGAAGCUUCUAAACAAUUUCUAGAAAUUAUAAAGUCAAAGAACAUAACAAAUGUGAACAAACAUACUUUUAUUGCUGUUCAUGUUCGCCGCGGUGAUUUUAUUAAAGAAAAGUUUGUUGAUUAUGGAUAUACAUCAGCAAAUGAAACCUACAUAAAUAAUGCAAUGAACAAAUUCCGAUCCCAAUUUUCAAAUGCAUUUUUUAUAUUUUCGUCAGACGAUAUAUCAUGGUGCAAAAACCAUUUUAACGAAUCAAAUAUAGCAUUCAUUAACAAGAAAAAUACACCGGAAGUUGACAUGGCGAUAUUGACUCAUUGCAAUCAUACUAUAGUCUCCACAGGAAGUUAUGGCUGGUGGACUGCCUGGCUUAUUGGGGGCACAACAAUAUAUUUUAAAGAUUUUCCUAAAAAAGGAUCAAAAUUAGACAAAGUAUUUAAUCUUACUACCUAUAAUCCACCGUCCUGGAUUGCAAUGUAGAAUUCGUCUUUAAGCUGUCAUAUGUGAUGCAGCAUUGAAGAUGUAAAAAUGUUAAUCAGUGUUAAUGUGAUCAAGUGCAAUGAAUUCAAAGUUUAUAAUUUAUCCAUUAUAAUACAUCCUCAUGUAAAAUUAAAUUGUUUCAUUGUAUAUAACGUUAUAUUUCCAAAAUUCGCGUACAAUUUUUGUUGAUAUACACUUGGGCAAUUAUACUGUAUUUGUUUUACUUCAUCUGCUUAAAUAA